AUGACAGAGACGGUAAAUGUCCUAGUCAAUGAUGGAUCAAGUGUAGGCGCUUAUACACUUGAUCUGAUUGCGCCUCCGAAGUUAACUUCGGAGAUCACUCAGUUGUCAACGCUCGAACAUAAAAGGUUCUUGCGUGAUCUGCGUAGUGGCAAAGUCAAGCAGAUCUGCGUACUCGUCGCUGACGACGAGUGUGUAACCGACAUAAGGUCAGCAACAGUGUUCACUGAGAACGAGAGAGUUCUCAGUAGUUCAUCGAUGGACGAGAGCGUCCUCGAUGAAAAGACACGAGUUGAGCGAUAUGAGUCCCAAUCGUGGGAAUCGCUCAAGGAAAAUCCUCUCUAUGAAGAUUUGGUUGAAUUCAAGGAUGUAUUCCCUGAAACUGUCCGUGCGAGUUACCGAAGGAUAAAGGUACUCGACACGAUGUCGAGCUGA